AUGCUGGCGAUAGCAGUGUCAAGUAUCGACUCCGUUGCUAGUACUAAUAGCUGAUACAAAAGUAAAGGUGCUAUGUCUGCCCUUGUAUUUUCAACGUCUUCUUUAGCAAUACAAAUUCAAAAUAUGCGAUUGCCAGCAGUUACUAAUUCAAGAAGUGAACUGAAUUCAGUUAGAAUAGGUCCAAAGCUUUUUCAGCGUACUCAUGUGAAAUGUUUCAGUUCACUCAGUGCGUCCCUACUUCAAUCUAUUCUUGAUGACUUUCAAAAAAGAGGUUUUCGAACAGUACGUUUGGAGAAAGAAAAACCAAAGAAAGGGUUUUUUGCGUUUUUAGGAAUCCACAUGCACGAGAACGCUAGACAAAAAGGUGCACAAACAAAAGCUUUUCGUGAAAAAUUGAAAAUGGUAUCUGAUAACGACAGAAAAGGCUUCCUGGAAGGAUAUAUGGCUGCUUUGGAUCACUCGAGUGAACAAAAACAGAAGCGAUCAUUAAUUCGAACAUUACUUUUCUCAUCUGUAGUAGUUGGAUUGGGUAUUUAUAUCAUUAUGAAGUCUUUUGGCUUCCCGCAGACAUCUAUAUUCACGUCUGUGGAAGAAAUAGAUCCCGAAGUCAUAGGCGUUGCAUUUACUGACGUCUGUGGUGUUGAAGAAGCAAAAAAUGAAUUACGUGGCAUCGUAUCAUAUCUCCAAGAACCAGAGAGAUAUACGCAACUUGGUGCACGUCUUCCCAAAGGUGUUCUUCUAGUCGGUCCUCCUGGGACAGGAAAGACACUUUUAGCGAAAGCUAUUGCUGGUGAAGCUCAGGUACCAUUUUUUCAAGCAUCUGGCUCCGAAUUUGAUGAGUUAUUUGUUGGACAAGGCGCUCGUCGUGUGAGAGAUCUUUUUGCUCGUGCGAAGGAAAAGGCACCUUGCAUCAUUUUUAUUGAUGAGAUUGAUUCAGUAGGUUCAAAGCGAGUAGCUGAUGCUAUGCAUCCUCAUGCAAAUCAAACUGUUAAUCAGUUACUUUCUGAAAUGGAUGGAUUCAAUACAAAUGACGGCGUUAUUGUCAUCGGUGCAACAAAUCGAGUACAUGAUUUAGACCCAGCACUUCUUCGCCCCGGUCGUUUUGACGUUCAAGUCCACGUUCCUUAUCCUGAUUUGGAGGGGCGAAAAGAAAUUAUAAAAUUAUAUUUGAGCAGAAUAUCAGUUAGCGAUGAUGUGAAUGAAGAUGUUCUUGCAAGAGGAACCACUGGAUUUAGUGGAGCCGAAAUUGAGAAUAUGAUUAAUCAAGCAGCACUUCAGGCGGCUGGAGAAGGGCUCAUGAAAGUCAGUAUGGAACAUAUGGAGGAGGCGAAAGACCGUGUGAUGAUGGGACCUGCACGUACACGCGGACGAUUACCAGAUGAGGAAGUUAACCGAAUCACUGCGUUUCAUGAAGCUGGUCACACACUUGUUAGUAUUUAUACCAAGCAUGCAACUCCUGUACAUAAAGUGACUAUUAUUCCAAGAGGUGGUUCACUGGGACAUACGUCGAUGUUGCCAGAAAAAGACGAGUAUCAUGUAAACAAGGCGCAAAUGUUGGCACAAUUGGAUACUUUAAUGGGUGGUAGAGUUGCAGAAGAGCUUAUCUUUGGUAAUGAUCAAAUUACUACUGGUGCUGCUGAUGAUCUGAGGAAGGCAACAGAUCUGGCGAAAAAAAUGGUCAAGACUUUUGGGAUGAGUGAUAAGGUUGGCUUGAGAAUAACAGAUGAUGAUUCAAAAUCGAUUAUAGCCAUCAAUCAGCUUAGUUCACCGUUUUCAGAUGCAAUUGAUAAAGAAAUUAACCGCCUCUUAAAAGAAUCAUAUGAACGUACGAAAGAUAUACUCAUCAAACACAGAAAGGAACACGAACUUCUGGCUUCAGCAUUAUUGGAAUAUGAAACGUUGUCGAUAGAUGAAGUCAAAAAUCUGCUUCAAUAUGGUAAACUGCUUUCGCAUGUUGCAGAGAAACAGGAAGAAUCAAAAGCUAAAAAAUCGACUAGGUAUGUUUACAAAAAUCCGAGCGUGAUCAUAACAUCAAUCGACGAAACUAUUUCAAAAGAGGAAGGACAUGUCUAA